AUGACUACCACUCCAACUACCUUAAAAUUCAAUACUGGCGCCUCGGUGCUGGAUGUUGAGGCCAACGACACCAGUGGACAGACUACUACCGCCGAGUGGCAGCAGAAACGCGGCAUCAGUCCGUCGGAUCAGAUCCGCACGACCAGGCUGGUGCAUAUGCGUUACCAGCACCCAGACCUUGAAAGCAUCCGCACUUUUCUCUACGACUUUGGCAUGAUUGCGGCCAAGGAGACAGAGGACGCCAUUUGGUUCCGAGGCUAUGGGGUUGACCAGUAUGUCUACUAUGCGCAGAAGGGGCCUAAACAGUUCCUCGGUGGGACAUUCGAGGUCGAGACUUAUGAUGAUCUCGUCAAGGCCUCCAAAAUCGAGGGAGCUAGUCACAUCCAACAAAUUGUUGAGGCACCAGGAGGCGGCUCGCUGGUGACUGUCUACGACCCCGAAGGCUUGCCAAUAAAUUUCAUCCACGGACAGGAACCAGCCGAAGUGGGAAAGAUGCCCGACAGGCUUAUAGUCAACUUUGAAGAUGAGAAGCCACGCAAACGUAGAUUCCAGCGGUUUAGCGAGGGACCAGCAGCGGUGCACAAGCUUGGUCACUACGGACUCUGCGUCCAGGAUUUCGGUAAGCAGCUUGACUGGUAUACUCGAAAUUUCAACUUUGUACCCACCGAUAUGCUUUACGUCCAAGACAGUAGCAACAACAGGCGCGAGGUAGCACUCUUCGCUCACAUAGACAGAGGAAACGACUGUGUCGACCAUCAUACAAUCUUCCUGAAUACCAUUCCAGCAGGUCAGAAAUCUCAUGUGCAUCACUGCUCCUUCGAAGUUCAUGAUUUUGAUACCCAGAAGCUGGGCCACGAGUGGCUGGCGAAGAAAGGGUACAAAAGCGUUUGGGGUGUUGGACGUCAUAUCUUGGGAAGCCAGAUUUUUGACUAUUGGUGGGAUACUACGGGGAACAUGAUUGAGCAUUAUGCAGACGGCGACUUGGUUAACAAGGAUACGCCAGUUUCUUAUUUACCGGCAGGAAAUGAGAGCCUAGCAGUCUGGGGCCCAGAAGUGCCAGAUGGUUUUCUUGAUUAA